UGAAUGUGGAAUGCGCGAAUGUGAAUGUUUGCAUGAACCGACCGAUGGUGUCGCAGGAAUUGUGAAUUUGAUACUGGUCAUUGGCAUAUUGCCAGUACUUGCUAUAGUUGGAGUGUUGUUAAACUUCUUGAAUAUUAUCGUUUUUGCCUCUCAGCGGAAUACAGCCGCAAAGUACCUGACGGCGCUUAGUUGCAGUGACGUCGGUAAGUCAUUUGAAUUUUAUUAAGC